AUGAAUGUUUACGGAUACAUUCCGGCCAGCUACUUCCCCUCGCACUCAACCCUGACCUACUGGGCCCAGGCGGCCAGUUUCGCCGGACUGCCCAGCGCCGAGUCCACAUUGACGGCUGCGGGGUUUGUCCUGGGUCUGAAGAAGUCCCAGCUUUCACUGCCUAGCGGCGAUGUUCUACACAAAUCCACAGGCGCACUGUCGCCGAGUUCAGGUGACGAACUGCUCUCCGUGUUCGGAGUCAACCCCCAGCUGACAGCUCCUGCUACACACUCCGUCACUGGACUGCUCAACACAGGAGCCAUUGAUCUACACGCACACAUUCAUCACCAUCAGCAGCAGCAGCAGCUGAGGAAGCAGCAGCAACAACAGCAUCAUCAUCAUCACUUCUUCAGCAGGUCGCCACCGUUAGGCAGCGGCCUGGCUCCCCUGCAAGCCUUGUGCCAUUCUUCGCCGGAAGCCAAGGGAAAUCUCAAGUUUGGAAUGAGCCGGAUUCUUUCCGAGGAUUUUGGGAAAAGCAGGUAUGAGAAAGGUGAGUGA